AAUCUCAUAGUCGGCAUCACAACCGAAGAUGGCGGAUAGCGAGAACUCGGUAGAAAUGGAGGGACUUUACCAGCCCCCAAACGAGCUUCAGAAAGAUGCUCAUGUCAAGAGCUUUGAUCAGUAUAAAGAAAUGUACAAGAAGUCCGUUGAAGAGCCAGAAGAAUUUUGGAAAGAGAUUGCAAAGGAAUUUUAUUGGAAGUCGCCCCCCACUGGCCGGUUUCUUGAGUACAACUUCGACUAUACACAAGGACCCAUAUCCAUCAAAUGGAUGGAAGGAGCGAAAACUAACAUCUGCUACAACGUGCUUGACAGAAACAUCGAACGUGGUUUGGGAGACAAGAUAGCAUUUUAUUGGGAAGGGAAUGACCCCAACGACCAUGGUAAAAUAACCUACAAGGAAUUGCUGCAGAAAGUAUGCAAGUUUGCCAACGUUCUCAAGGCUCAGGGAAUAAAGAAAGGGGAUCGUGUGGCAAUCUACAUGCCGAUGAUCGUGGAGCUGACGAUAGCCAUGUUGGCCUGUGCCAGGAUAGGAGCCAUUCAUUCCAUUGUGUUUGCAGGGUACUCUGACCUUGCCGUCACUCAGCGCCUCCACAGCUCCAACGCUAACAUUAUCAUCCUUGCAGAUGGUGUGUGGCGUGGCACCAAACUUCUGAAUCUCAAACAAAUUGUGGAUGAAGCCAUUAGGUUGAGUGGAGAGAGAAGCCACAAGGUGUCCAAGUGUAUCGUAGUGCGGCAUCUGUCACCGUCUGAUGAGGAGGUGAUUGAUGGAGAUGGGGACGGCCAUGAUGAACCUCCGGCCAAGAGGCCCUACAGGAAGCUCAAGAUCAACUGGCACAGUGACCGUGAUGUAUGGUGGCAUGAUGUGAUGAAGGACAGUAGUGACAUCUCGGAGCCGGAAUGGAUGGAUGCAGAGGACCCACUUUUCAUGCUGUAUACCAGUGGUUCAACAGGGAAACCUAAAGGUGUCCUCCACACUGUUGGAGGCUACAUGUUGUUCACGGCGACGACGUUCAAGUACGUGUUUGACUACCAACCUGACGAUGUGUACUGGUGUACGGCGGACGUUGGCUGGAUCACUGGACACUCGUAUGUCUGCUAUGGUCCGCUAGGAAAUGGAGCCACCAGCAUCAUAUUUGAGGGCACGCCAAUGUACCCUGAUGCUGGACGACUGUGGGAAGUGGUAGACAAGUACAAGGUGACCAAGUUCUACACCGCCCCCACAGCCAUCAGGUCGCUCAUGAAGUUCGGGGACAGCUUUGUCACAAAAUACUCCCGGAAGUCCCUGAAGAUCUUGGGCACUGUAGGCGAACCCAUCAACCCUGAGGCCUGGCUGUGGUAUCACAAGGUUGUGGGCAACGGAAAAUGUGCAAUUGUAGACACGUUCUGGCAGACAGAGACGGGAGGUCAUGUGAUCACUCCACUUCCCGGUGCCACUGCCACAAAACCAGGAUCAGCUACAUUCCCUUUCUUCGGCGUAGUUCCAGCCAUUGUGAAUGACGAGGGGAAGGAACUCACAGGGGCCGCUGAAGGAUAUUUGGUGUUCAAGCAGCCUUGGCCCAGCAUCAUGAGGACAGUGUAUGGAGACCAUGAAAGGUUCGAGACCACAUACUUCAAGAAGUUUCCCGGGUGCUACUGCACUGGAGAUGGUGCACGCAGGGAUGAAGACGGGUACAUAUGGAUCACGGGACGUAUAGACGACAUGGUGAAUGUGUCCGGCCACUUGUUGAGCACAGCGGAAGUGGAGUCCGCCCUCAUUGAGCACAAGGCUGUGACUGAGGCAGCGUCUGUCUCUCACCCACACAAGAUCAAGGGAGAGUGCAUUUACUGCUUCGUCACCCUGAAGCAGGGAUUUGAAUUCACCCCUGAUCUUACAACUGAACUAAAGAAUAUUGUUCGUGCCAAGAUUGGACCAUUUGCUCAACCAGAUUUCAUCCAAAAUGCUCCAGCCUUGCCCAAAACUCGAUCAGGGAAAAUCAUGAGACGUAUCCUGCGGAAGACUGCAGUCGGUGACCGCCAGCUUGGUGAUACGUCAACACUGGCCGAUGAAAGCGUCAUUGAUUUGUUGUUCCAGAACCGACCAAACGAUGCAUAAACUCAUUACCACCAUCGUAGAAAACAUGUGAAGUCAGAAUGCAGUUGUUAACAGUUAGUCUGUUUAUAGCCCAAUUAUUAUUAGUAAUAAGGGAUUAGAUGAGGAAGAUUGUAUUGAUUAUCACUGUUAGGCAGCUUAAACAUUCAGGUGAUUGUUUGCCAGGGGGAGUAGUUGGCACUUUGGUUGUGUGUCACUGUGUGAUUCAUUUCAUCCUUCAUAGGGGCGGUGGGGUAGCCUAGUGGUUAAAGUAUUUGCUCAUCACGCCAUAGAUCCGGGUUCGAUUCCCCACAUGGGUACAAUGUGUGAAGCCCAUUUCUGGUGUCUGUCGUGAUAUUGCUGGAAUAUUGCUAAAAGCGGCGUAAAACCAUACUCACUCACUCACUCAUCCUUCAUAGGACGUUUGUUUUGGGGUUCUCAUAGUUUUUAGUGUAACAGUUUUUGUGUAUUUCGGGGGCAAUCUUGAAGUGUAUGGUUGAUAUUUUGGGUUGUUUGUUUUAGUUUAUACUGUCUCUAGCAGGAUGCAAGCUAAUGUUGACUUCACUGCAAGACAUAUUUAAGAAAGCCAAGGGGCUUUUGUCUUAUCUCUUGAUGUUAAACUUUGCAUGUGUAGGGGUCCUAAACUUUUUCUUUCCUCCUGUCGACUUCUAAUUUGGACCCCAUUUUAAAUUGAAUAUUGGAUAACAUGAGAAUAGUUACCGGCAUAUAUCUAGUCAGGUAUGCAUUCAAAGAUUCUCUCUACAAAUUAUGCCAAAGUUGUUUGUGUGAAGAUUUGAAGAUUUUAUCAACAUCUUUAUGAUGAUCCAUUUGUUACAUUUUCUAUCCAUUUUGUGUCACUGUUGUCAUGGUAAUAACAGUAAAGUUAUUUCUUCUGUGUUUAUACUCAUGACUCAUUACAGAAAUACUGUAUUUGGUUUUCCUUUUUGGUGACUUUUUAGUUGUCCUUUUGUUGACAGUUAGCAACUAACAUUGAUAUAUAUUAUUAUUGCCAUCCCUAUGCCAUUCCUUAUUCUCACACCGUUGUGUGUGCAAUAUUAUGCAAGUACUCAAAAUUAUGUUCUAUACAUAUCCCUUGUUUCUUGAAUUUUCAUCAUUUAUUUGUUAUUUUUAUUGAGGACACAACUGAAUACUUAAUACUUGUUUUUUUGUAAGCAGAACCACAAAUUAAGUCGUGAUCUAUUUAUUUGUAUCAAGAUAUAAUCUGAUAAACAGAUUAACUUAACAUCAUUUCAUAAAUGAAAUCCUCUUCUUGAGGUGAGAUCCUGAUUUUGAUAAUUUUAGUGAGUUAAAGGAAUAUCAAAUGAAAUUGUUACUACUUAUUAUUAUGUAGAAGUGGUUUUUAUUUUUACUGUAUUAUAUUUUCUGUGUUUUUAAGUCUUAUUUGUGUGGGGUUUGAUGAUACUUGAAGGAUACUUUAAGCAUUGAAUUGUAACCUGGGGCUAGAGACACUACAAGAAGUGCAAUAUGAAAUGCAGCAACAAUGAAAGGUGAAUGGUAUGAGAGGAAGCCUCAGGCUAGUGAUGUGAUGUGGACUGUAUCACAUUCUUUAAUGUACUCUAAGCGUAUCAUGAAAGCCAUACCUUAUUGCUACUUACGUUAUUAUACAAUCAGAUUCAGAACUUUGGAUUGUGGCUGUUUUAUGUUUCUACUUCAAUUACAAUCUGGCUGAGUUCUUGCAAAGCAGGGCGGUGGGGUAGCCUAGUGGUUAAAGCAUUCGCUUGUCACGCCGAAGACCCGGGUUCGAUUUGUCACAUGGGUACAAUGUGUGAAGUACAUUUAUGGUUGCUGGAAUAUUGCUAAAAGCGGCGUAAAACUAAACUCACUCACUCACUCUUGCAAAGCUGAGUUAAUAAUACUUUUUGGAAACUGAUACAGAGUGAUGUUAUGAAUUAAUACAUGGGGAGGCAUUUCAUGUACUUUAUCACUUUGUUUAAAUUGUUUAUGUUCAUCUGUAAUUCCCCCCCAAAAGUAUCAUAGAAAAUGUACCACGAUACAAUCAUGGUUAUAUGCAGGGCAGGGCAAUAUAAGCAUCAUUGUAAGUAAAGAUUCACAAUAGUAGCAUUGUAAUAUGACGUGUAUCACAAUAUUAGCAUUGUGAUAUGACGUGUAUCACAAUGUAAGUGUGAUAUGACGUGUAUCACAAUAUUAGCAGUGUGAUAUGACGUGUAUCACAAAAUUAGCAGUGUGAUAUAACAUGUAUCACAGUAUUAGCAUUGUGAUAUGACAUCUAUCACAAUAUUAGCAUUGUGAUAUGACAUCUAUCACAAUAUUAGCAGUGUGAUAUAACAUGUAUCACAAUAUUAGCAAUGUGAUAUGACAUCUAUCACAAUAUUAGCAUUGUGAUAUGACAUCUAUCACAGUAUUAGCAUUGUGAUAUGACACCUAUCACAAUAUUGGCAUUGUCCUGUGCUGUGAUAUGCAUCAUUGGACUAAUGUAUCUUGGUAUUUACCGGUACUCCAUAUUUGUAUUGUAACCUGUUAGCAUGCUAACUGAAGAUAAUUAAUCAAAACACAUCAACCUUUUCAGUGUUACAUUAAAAAUAAUCAGCUUUGCCUUAUAGCAGUAUGCAAGGACCAAUGUUUAUGUUGCACUGUAUUAUUUUUCCCCCAGUAUUUCUCUGUUGUGGAUCCGAAUCUCUCCUGUUGUUUAUUUCAUUUUGCCUCAACCAUCUUAACCUUUGGCUUAAGAAAACAGCCUAUAUAGUCUUCAUAUUAACAAAUUUGUAAAUAGAACAACUGCUAAGAUACAAUGGAAGCUGUAAUUUUAUGCAUUUUGGUUCUAACAGAUUGCAUUUCCUAUUCUACCAUUCCAUUAAACAGUAUUUGGAACAUCAUAUGUAGUAGAAGUAUGUGGUUUGUAUACAGGGCUAUGUCACCCUAGCAUGGUAUGAGAUGUAUUCAGAACAGCGGUCAGGAUCGACUGUAAGUUAUAGUGUGAUUGUUAUGGCUAAUAUGUGACGAGUCUGUGUGUAUCUGUGUACAUUUGUGUACAAGACAAGGGUAAAUGUACUGGGUAAAAAUCCUGUAGUUUCUAAAUAAGUUCUUUGUUAAGAAUAGUAAUAUGUUUUUCCAUGCAAAACUUUUGAAAUAAGUCCCUUGAAACCAGGAUGAAAAGGAUUUUCGAUCAUUUUUCACAUCCUGAAACAUGGUGAAGAAAAAUCUACAUUUCCUUGUCAUAAAAUCUCUGGUUGAACGGAAAUCCAGAUGUCUUUACAGGUAUAGUUCUUGAGUAACACAUGAGCCUCAUUGCUCUCAUUGUAUUUACCUUUGUGUUAAUUGCAACUAAAUUAGCCACCCAGGCAAUGCCCUUUUCUAUUUGUUAAAUGUCCACAAAGGGUCACCAUCUGACAAACUGAAGGUCACAUGCUUUUUCAAGCAUGUCACCUCAUUCAGCAGCCACUGUGAGCACUACCUAUGCAUUGUACUUACAAUUACCUCAGGUGACCUCGACAUUGUGGUCUUUACCUUUGUUAUCUCCCUUUGGCCAACUGCCUGGAUAGAGGUUACCAGUAAGUUAAAUGUUUCACAAAAUAUUGUUUGUAUUUUUUACUUUGUUGAGUAUUAUUUGUUUAUUGAUGGUGGGGAAUUAAUAAGAAACAUAGUAAAUAGUGUGUAUCAUCCCAAAUAUGAUUUUGUUAAAACCUUACUUACUUUACCAGUAACCCGUGAAGAUCUGGGUUAGAAUUGAUCUUCAGCAACCCAUGCUUGUCGUAAAAGGCAACUAACGGGAUCGGGUGGUUAGGCUCGUUGACUUAGCUGACACCUCAUUGGUUCCCAAUUAUGCAGAACGAUGCUCAUGCUGUUGAUCACUGGAUUGUCUGGUCCAGACUCGAUUAUUUACAGACCGUCGCCAUAUAGCUGGAAUAAUGCUGAGUGCAGCGUAAAACUAAACUCACUCACUCACUACUUUACCAGUAAUUAAUCACUUUCAAAUGAAUUGGUCCAUUGACAUGGGUUCAUCAAAUGAUGAAACCCAGCAUGAAUGUAUUGUUUAUUUGAACCCUGAAUGGAGGGAUUUGAACUGUCUUAGUUAAUUAGUUAGUUGUCCAAUUUAGAGUAUCCCAUAAUAAUUGAAAUCUAGUAAUCAUUCCUAAUCAGGUAGACCAGUGACUCCUAUUUAACCUUGCUGAAGUUACAGAUACUGAUGCUGUGAUCUCUUGGUAUAUCUGUGGCACUAUGUAACAGUCCAGACAAACUAAUAUAUAUGUAUUUAGCACUGUCAGUGUCUGGCUUGCAUGGGUGGUAACUGGGUGGAAGAUCUUCAUAUCAGCUUCGCAAUACAGAAUAUCUUGGUUGUUAGUGUAUGAUAUCAUGUAUAUCAGCAGAAUAAAUUUCUACAGGUACA